AUGAGCAGCGGGAUGGUGUUACGGCGCGGUAAGGAGCGCGAGGACGGGAAGAAGAGGAGACGGCUGACGAAGCUGAAGAAGAUCGUGUUGGAGGCGCGCAAGGCGAGGGCGGCGACGAGCUCGAGGGCGUCCGACGGGGAGAAGAUCGAGGUCACCGUGGAGAUGGGCCGCGUGUACGUGAACAUCAUCGUCGCGCCGCCGCCUGCGGCUUCUUCUACCGACGGCGGCGACGGCGAGGAAGACCAGCGGCGCGACGACGGCGACGACGACGCCGGCGGCGGCGUUCGUGUGGACUUGAUUUACAUCGAGGACGACGACGAGGAAGAGGAGGACGAAGACGCUGACGCCGCGCGCGAGGACGACGAGGCCGUCGUCGACGCCGACGCCGACGCCGACGGCGGGGAGCAGCGCGCGAAGAAGGACGAGGAGGCUUCAUCGGUGGUCGUCGAGACGGAGGAGCCGGUCGUCGAGAAGGACGUCUUCGAUACGGGAACGCAGACGGACGCCGCGAGCAGGGGAGGACUCGCGGCGUCGAGCGGCGACGGCGGCGGCGGCGACGGCGGCGAAUCUGGAGUCGAGGUCGAGGGUCCGCACGACUCCGUGAACUCCGCGGCGUCGUCGGAGACGUCGAUGGAGAUGGAGGAGUCGUCGUCGUCGAAGACGGAGACGGAGACAGAGACGGACGACGCGACGAAGAAGCCGGCUGGCCUCGCCGCGUCGGCGCCCGCGUGGGGCGGCCGCGCGUUCAAAGACGUCCUCCAAGGGUGCGAGGAGGAGGAAAAGGCGAUCGCCGGGGAGGCGAAGAAGAAAAAACGCGCGAAACGACCGGAAGGCUCCGCGCCCGGGAUGCAGCGUCACUGCGAGCUGUGCGACGUCAAGUGCAGCGGCGACGACGCGUGGGAGAAUCACAUCGUGAGCAAAGGCCACGCGAAGUGUCAGAAGCGACGCGACGACGAGGCGAAGAACCCGGGGGGGGGCAAGGCGGGAAACGGCGGUCUCAACAAAAACGGCCUCCCGCGCGAACCGAAGGAGCGCAAGAACGAGUCGAACGCGUACAUCUCCGGCGCGGUGUCCGUGCGGUACGCGAACCAGGUCAUCACCGCGGAGCUGAACGACGCGACGCAGACGUGCGUCGCGGAGCUGAAGCGAUUCCAGGACCGUCUGUACUUUAAGGAUCCGAUCAAAGCCAAGAUGCGACGACGGCUCGUGUUCGGCUUGCGCGAGGUCACGAAGGGCGUCCAGCUCGAGAAGGCGAAGUGCGUCAUCGUCGCGCCGAACAUCGAAGAAACGGACCAGGCUGGGGGGUUAGACGACGUCAUCGGCACCAUCUUAGAGGAAGCGACGAACAACGGCACGCCCGUGGUGUUCGCGUUGACGAGGAACCGAUUGGGUAAAAUCGUCGGCGGCGCGCGCGUCCGCGUCUCCGCGCUCGCCGUGUUGGACUACUCCGGCGCGGAGGACAUGUUCCACGGCAUGAUCAAGACCGCGGCGGCGUGCAGAGCGGAGUAUAAGAGACGGGAGGAAGCGAUAGCGCGAGGCGAGGAUCCGGACGCGGGGAGAGCGGAGGCUUUGGCGGCGGCGGCGGCGGCGGCGGCGGCGGCGGCGGCGGCGGCGGAACCGCCUCCGCCGCCGGCGGCGCCGCGUCUGAGCGCGAACGCGGCGCUGUUCGUCCCGCGGUUCCUGGCGACGACGAAGAACGCGGAAGCAUGA